AUGACGCAAUCAACGACUACGCUCUUCCGAAGCUAUCUCAUCGAGGAAUACCACCUCACCGAAGAACCCUACUAUGUCCCCGUCGCAGACGAGGUAGAGUUGUUUGAGGCUGCGUAUCAGCAGCGAAUUCCUCUAAUCUUUAAGGGCCCGACAGGCUGCGGCAAGACGCGCUUCGUGGAGUACAUGUCUUAUAGGCUCGCCCAGCCGCUCGUAACAAUCGCCUGCCACGAAGACCUCACCGCGAGCGACCUCGUUGGCCGCUACCUGCUUGAAGGCGAUUCCACAGUGUGGAUCGAUGGCCCCCUUUCCCGAGCAGUCAAGGCAGGUGGAAUCUGCUACCUGGACGAAAUUGUCGAGGCGCGCAAGGACACGACCGUCCUCAUUCACCCUCUGACCGACCACAGGCGCAUACUCCCAGUCGAAAAGCGCGGGGAACUCCUCGAAGCGGCAGACGGUUUCCUCCUGAUUCUCUCCUACAACCCCGGUUAUCAGAGCGCGCUCAAGGACCUUAAGCACAGCACGCGCCAGCGUUUCGUUUCUAUCGAGUUCGACUACCCGCCACGUGACAUCGAAGCCGAAAUCAUCCAGCACGAAUCCGGUUGCUCCGACGACGACGCGACACAGCUCGCGAUGCUUGGCGAAAAGGUCCGUAACCUGCGUGAGCACGGCCUGGGCGAGGGCGCAAGCACUCGGCUGCUCAUCUACGCUGGCAAGCUCAUGUCGCAGGGCAUCCCGCACCGCCGCGCCUGCCAGGUCGCCGUCAACUGGGCGGUUACUGACGACCAUGCCGUGCAGCGGAGCAUCGAGGAGAUUAUCGCCUCCAUCUUCGAGUAA